AGUUAACCAAUUCAACUUUCAAAGUUUGGAUCAUCAAAGACUAAAGUAUACUAAAGAAUGAUUAGGCUUAUAGGACCAAGCUAAAGGUCAAUUACUAAAUCUCGUGUGUUAAGACUUUUAAGAAGCUUUUCUAAGCAUACUUAAAAGUUAGAAUGUCUAGCCCUUUCUUAAUCAUGACUCACAGGCCUAUACCCUACAGCCCAUAGCUACAGCACCGCGCAGUCAUGCAGUCCACUCGCCCCCAUAUACAUUAGCGCAAUCGCGCCCCGCCCGUCAGUGCGAGACGCGAGAACGAGCCUCCCUGCCGCCUGUAUCGAUGAAGUUGUUUCAAAAAUGGCGGAUUUCCUGCCGUCCCGGUCCCUUUUAUCGCUAUGUUUUCCUAACUGUCUCCUCACGAGUAGCGAAGCGGAACAAGUACGAAAAUCGAAGGAAAUAGACAAGUGUCUCAACCGAGACAAAACGUAUGUGAAGCGCCUGGUGAAGAUUCUGCUGCUCGGAGCGGGCGAGAGUGGCAAGUCCACUUUCCUCAAGCAGAUGCGCAUCAUCCACGGACAAGACUUCGAUCAGAGGGCCAAGGAGGAGUUCAGAGGAACCAUUUUUAGCAACGUGAUAAAAGGUGUCCGUGUGUUGGUGGACGCCCGGGAGAAGCUCCACAUCCCUUGGAGCGACCAUGCCAACCAGCGGCACGGGAGCACCAUGAUGGCCUUCGACACCCGCUCGGCCAUGACCAGCGGCCACGGCACGGUGGAGACCAAGGUGUUCCAGCACUACCUUCCCUCCAUCAGAGCCCUCUGGGCCGACGCCGCCAUCCAGCAGGCCUACGACCGGCGCAGAGAGUUCCAGCUGGGGGAGUCGGUCAAGUAUUUCCUGGACAAUUUGGAAAAGCUUGGCAAGUCGGACUACCUUCCCAGCCAGCAAGACAUCCUCUUGGCCAGGAAACCCACGAAAGGCAUCCACGAGUACGACUUUGAGAUCAAGAACGUGCCCUUCAAGAUGGUGGACGUGGGCGGGCAGCGCUCUGAGCGCCGGCGCUGGUUUGAGUGCUUUGACUCGGUGACCUCCAUCCUGUUCCUGGUGUCGUCGUCGGAGUACGACCAGGUGCUGAUGGAGGACCGGCAGACCAACCGCCUGAGCGAGUCGCUCAACAUCUUCGAGACGAUCGUGAACAACCGCGUGUUCAGCAACGUCUCCAUCAUCCUCUUCCUCAACAAGUUCGACCUGCUGGAGCGCAAGGUGGCGGCGCGAGUGUCGAUCCGGGACUACUUCCCCGAGUUCCCGGGCGACCCCGGCAGCCUGGCCGACGUGCAGCGCUUCCUGGUCGACUGCUUCCGGGGCAAGCGGCGCGAGCAGCCGCCGGCGCAGCAGGCCCAGAAGCCCCUGUACCACCACUUCACCACGGCCAUCAACACGGAGAACAUCCGCCUGGUGUUCCGCGACGUCAAGGACACCAUCCUCCACGACAACCUCAAGCAGCUGAUGCUGCAGUGAGGAGGGGCGACGCGGGGGGGGGGGGGGGCAGAGGGGGGACCCUAUGGACCGCGGAGAGCGGACGAGGACGACGGGAGGUCUGAGGUCAGCCUGCACGUCUGCCGGGUGUUCUUGGAGAACCUGCCGGUCACCCCUACUGCCACACCGUCGCUCCCUCUGAACUCUGACAGACACGGUGUACACUACCGGGCUGGGCGACCCCCUGCCCCCCGCCCCCCCGCUCUCCACCUCCACCUGCUCACUGUGACGUUGAACAUAACCUUCCUGGGGGGUCGAUCCCUCGCUCCCCACCGUUCUUUAAAACCACUGUAAAGGCUUCCUCUGAUGCCUCUCAACCUGCCCCCGGCCCGUCAUGGCUUUCUUUCUGGGGCCUUUCUGCGAGGCGUCGGUGCGGGUUCGUAUUAUCUGUUGCGAAGUGUUGCGGUCCGACGAGAGGCAGGGCCGGUGACAUGUGGCGCAGGAUCGGUCCAGUUGUCGUAUGAUUGUGAAUUGGCCUUUUGUGAAAGUAACUUUUUAGGGGAGUAAAAUUAUUCUUUUAUUUUUUAAAACCACUUCUGUACCUUCCAUCUGCACUUUGAUCACACGAUUUGGCUGUGAGGCAGCAGAGAUUCUCCUGAAGGCGAUGUGUCGAGGCGCAUGAGAGCCAUGUAGAUGAUGUGAUGAUGUUUGUUAACAUCGCUCAAAAACUUAGACAGUUUUACUUCUAGGUUUCAACCUUUUUUUUUUCUUCUCUUAAACCUAAACGGAUAGAUUUGUUUGCACGUCAUUUUGUUAUAUUAACAGGUCUAUAAAAAUACGUAGCUAUGAGUCCAUCUUUAACUUAUGUAUUUCUUGUGGGUGUUCAUACUUAUGAUUGUGACUGUAGAUUAUACUGUUGCAGUUUGACCAUGGAGGUGUUUGUGAGAGGCUAAACAAACAGGAGCGAGCUUGUAGCAGUCCGGCACGUUCAAUAAACGUAGAGAUGUCUUUAUUGGCUGCUCACGCUGGCUACGAAGAGGUAACGGUGAACGCUAAUUCUCAGGGCACGUUUUGACCACUUUUUGUUGUUUGUGACGACAUUAACGCAAACAAAUUAGAGGUUUGAUUGAACCUCUUUUCCUCCAAAAAAGACCCCUGUUUUGUCACCCGAUGGCCACGCCUCUCCUAUGUAUAGCUCAUCCUGGUGACCAUUGAAAAGAAACAGCGUGUCUUCUUGCCUUUCCUUCCACACGGCUUGGGGGAAAGGGCUCUGCCUUUGUUCCUCUGAUGAAGCCCUAGCUGGUCGCCGGCCCUUAAGUUUCCCAUAUUGGGUGAACGGCUGGUGGACAGGAGGCCCGGUUCCCCGUCCGUACCAAGUGCCCUCUCCUCGGCACAGCUUUGAAACCAAAAGGGAUCAAGCUGGUGGCUCUGAACAUGUGUGAGCUGAACGUUGUGCUUGUACAAACACCAUUGGCUUGUGUGCAUGUUAUCACUCAGCCCGUUAUGUAUUUUCCACUCACGACUCUUCUCUCGUUGACAGGGACCAAUGUCAGUCCAAGGUGUAAUACAACACCUUUUUUAUAAUCGUUUUCUCGUCCCCGUCGGUGUGCAAUGAAACCACAGCGCCCGCUUGCAGUAUUCUCUAACCGUCAGUCUCGUGUAUUCUCUCUGACCGUUGGUCUCUCUGUUUGCACAUGAGAGCUGUUUGAAUGCCACACUCUGUCUUGUUCCGUACAAAUCUUAAACCAAGUGUGGGCCUGGGCACAGAGGCCUUUUGUACCGACCCAGAGGACGAGUGCACGCCCGUAGCCGCCUUCGUUGGGAGGUUUGGCUCGGGCCGGAACGCAAGCUACGGUCGCAUGCAUGACCCCGCUGCGGAUCCCCGAGGGUGUAACAUGUCUCAGCAGAGUGUUCCUGCGGACCUUGGGACCGACCUGGUCCGUGUAGAACAGACGGCUGUUUAGAGGAGGAAACGCAUUCAUCCAAGGCAUCAGUGAGCACACUUGGCAGCAUGUCCUCCCAUGCGAACGGGAUGAGGAACGUAUCCUACUGCGAGUCCUGGUACCUUGUAUUACCUGAUUCUGAAUGGGAUGUUGAGCCUCAGGAGUAGGUGUUGGAUGUCAGGUUCUUAUUGAAUCAGGAUAAGGUGUGGCCUCUCCAUCCUUGGGCUCCAGUGUUAAGUAGAGCCAAAGCUGUACGCGUCGGUGACCAACACAUUGUUUAACGAGAAGUGCCACCACCCAAGACACACGUGUUCUUCUGAAUGUGUUUUAUUCUGGGUACCCCUGCCUUUUCGUCCUCUGUACUGAUAAAUGCCAUUUUACUGUACUGUGCUCUAAAGUGUUCAUAUUUGCGAUUCCAUUGGUGUCAAGUAGCUAUAGUGCCACUCAUCUUCCCUACCUAGCAGGCCACCGUAUUGAUUUCCAGCAAUGUUUGAUGUGUCAGAAGUGGUUGUUUUUCUUCACAAUGACAGGGGGCCAAAAUGCUAAUAAGAGUUGAGAGUUGCUCUAUUUUCAUUGGAAAAGUGUGCGAAAACGCAACCAUUUCAGCCUGCAGGCGACCAUUAUUUAUUAGAAUUUAAAGUGGCAGCAACCGGUGAUUUGAGAAAUGAUGUCACCACUGGCCCAACUCUCUUAACGCUACCUUUUUAAAUUGACUGGAAAAGGAACUUAUGUAAAUCUCAACCAUUGUGUCCACUACAAAUCCACCUGAUGUUCUCUAAACAAAUAGUGAAAUUCUGAAGCAAUAGCUGGAUGAAUAUCACUAAUGAUUUACAAGAUACUAAAAUACUUAUUUUGAAUUUUGAAAGUGGAUCUGGAUAUUCAGACUUCUGAAGGAAGAGAAUUCUGUUACUUGCACUCAUGAGUGCGUUGCUUGCGGCCAGAGAGGGCUGUGGUUGGAUCCAUGUAGAGCCCAUCAUUAUAAUAGUAAAUGGUUUGGACAUUAGGCGAAGACUCAAAACAUAGUGCAUCCAAUGUUUGAAAUGCAUGUUUGACCCUAACAUUGAAACAUUCAGACUGAUCUGAAAGUAGGCUCUUCUCUCGACAAGCAGAAUACAGGCGUUGAAAUCGCUUUUGACGGUUGUAAUCCAAGCCUGGUGCCUUCAACUAGAGCGACAGUCGUGCAAUAAAACAUCAAUUUGUGUGGCUGUUGUAUUCGGAUGAUAUAAAGUGAAUUUAACUGUAUGGUGGUUGCGCACUUUCAACUCCACGCCUAUUUAUUUACCAUGAGUAAUUGUUAUUGAUCUACACUGAGAUGUGUAUCAUGCUAAUCCUUUACCCGUCGCUCUGCAUCACUGCAUCACCAGGCAGUAGGGCUUUGCUUUCUCUGUCGACCAGUACCGCCAAACAGAAGAAUGCCUCAAGUUAUUAAAAUUGUCUGUCAAUGUGAUUCAUCAUUAAUCAUGUUCCAACCUGAGCCUUUUACGGGCCCCGUUUGAAUCAACACCGGAGUUUCUGUUAGAAUUGUUUGGCCACUGAGUACAAGCUAUGCAACACUAGUCCACGAUGGUAUAAUAUGUGCAUAUUGUAAAAUGGAUAUACUAAAAUGAUCGGUGUUGAUAUUUGUUGCCAAUAUUUUGGCCUAAUGUAAUCAACUCAUUUUAAUCAAGUAGCAGAGAAAAAAGAACCAAUCUGCCAAUUACGUUUUCAAGUGCCACUUGUUACAAGCUAUGCCUUUUUUUUUUACAAUCUUUUAAAAAGAUUUUAUACACUAGGUUUUUUUUCAUGGGCAAUAUGAGUCUGAUAAAGAAUGCAAAUAUUCCUUGUCAUUUGCUUCUGGUUUGAUAACUUUGUUUCACUGUACAUUCUAACUUAUCCUGUUUUCCCAGUUAGUCUCAAUAAAAACAAAGUACAAAAGUCA